GGAGCGCCCGGGUAACCGCCCCCCCGAGCUGCUCUACCCUCAGGCCGACGUGGCGGAGCGCCUGGCGCUCGGCGGCAGCGACGAAGCGCUGGCCAACGGCACCAAGGCCGACCUGCAGGCGGCCAAACGUCUCGCCAAACGCCUCUACAACCUGGACGGCUUCCGGAAGUCCGACGUGGCUCGACACCUCGGGAAGAACAACGAGUUCAGCCAGAUGGUCGCAGAGGAAUAUCUCAGUCACUUUAACUUCAGCGGUCUGACCAUCGACCAGGCUCUCAGGAUGUUUCUGAGGCAGUUCGCUCUGAUGGGAGAAACUCAGGAGAGAGAGAGAGUCCUCGCCCAGUUCUCCAGGAGAUACAGACAGAGCAACCCCGAGAGUGAGACAACUGAAGACGCUCUACAGCUCCAUCAAGAAUGAGAAGCUUCAGUGGACCAUUGAUGAGGAGGAGUUGAGGAAGUCCAUGUCGGAGCUGGCGGACGUUCGGACAGACUCUGCCUCCCACACCAUGAAACGACUGGGGAGUGGAGGGAACCCGCUGGUGGGCGUCGCCCAGCAGGCCGAUGGCGAGCUCUACAAGAGCGGCUUCCUGGUCCGUAAAGUCCACGCCGACCCUGACGGAAAGAGAACUCCACGGGGGAAGAGGGGUUGGAAGUCUUUCUAUGCCAUGUUGAAGGGUCUGGUGCUCUACCUGCAGAAGGACGAGUACCGUGCAGAGCGAGAGCUGUCGGAGGACGACGUGAAGAACGCCGUGUCCAUCCAUCACUCUCUCGCCAUGAGAGCCGCCGAUUACAGCAAGAGACCCAACGUGUUCUACCUGAGGACGGCCGACUGGAGAGUCUUCUUGUUCCAGGCUCCGAAUGCUGAACAUAUGCAGUCGUGGAUCACGCGGAUCAACGUGGUGGCGGCCAUGUUUUCGGCUCCACCGUUCCCGGCGGCCAUCGGCUCCCAGAAGAAAUUCAGCCGUCCUCUGCUGCCGGGGUCCAACACCAAACUCUCCCAGGAAGAGCAGGUCAAAACUCAUGAGAACCGGUUCAGGGCGGUUUCCUCCGAGCUGGCCGACCUCACGGCCUCCACGCCAGACCGGAAGGUCAAAGGUCGCGAGCUGGAGGAGCAGAAACUCCGACAAGAAUACCUGGAGUUCGAGAAAACCCGGUACGGUACAUACGCCAUGCUGCUUCGGGCCAAGCUGUCGAGCGGAGACGAGGACCUGUCGGCCUUUGAGUCGCGACUGUUUGACGAUGGCGGCCUGCAGAGGGCGCACUCCAGCCCCACGCUGCCUCAGGACACCGCUGGCAAGGAGAAGACCCGCGGGACCAAGACAUCAAAAAGCUUAAAGGUCACGUCCUCUUCGUCCUCGACCUCCAAGACCAGUGACAGCGCUAGAGAGGGAAGCAAGAAGAAGAACGGUGGCGGGAACAACCAGCGGCCGGAGCUGCAGAAACAGAGCAGCAAACAGGAAGAGGCGCCGUAAGGUGGCGGGAAUCAGGUUUUCUAUAAAGCGUGUGGCUGGAAACGGACAUGAAGCAUCAUGGGCAGCAGGCUGACAUCCUCCUUUUAAACCUUUUCUGUUAAACCUCAGUCAGAUUCUGAUUGACUGAGGGGAUUUUCCUCCAGAGCCGAGAUGAGACGUUCAAGGUCGGUGGGAAAGGAAACGCUCCUUAGGAAGGAGGACGACUGAACGACCGAGUGGUGCUUUUUCCACAAGACGAAAAAUUCAGGAAACACUAAUAAGGUUUGAAAAGUGAAAACCACCAAUCAGCUGUCAGCGUUUGUUUCUCGUCCAGUAAAAACAGCUGGUGAGUUUCAGAGUAAAAGCUUUAUUUCCUGUCAAAUCUAUUCUUAAUUUCAGGGACUUUCUGAAAGCAGUUUUUGUUAAAGUGACUCUUAAAUAUUAGUAAUCAUUCAGUCUGGAUCUGGAUCUGGACCAGGAUCUGGAUCAGGUUUUGUCAGACAGAAAACAGUUUGUAGGUACUUUUAUUUUUCUCCUCGCAGAGUGACAAACACUGACCUCCUGCGCUGCCGUCGCUCUGCUUCUCCUAGCAACAAACGGGGGAGCAGGUUGCCAUGCCGACCACAUAUGACGGACAGAGAGCGUGGGAUUGUUGCCAGAGCAACCGAGCAAAUGGGGAAGGGGGGGGCUGGAGGGGUGAGACUCUGGAGUCAGGACUCCCCCAGCCAAACAAACAAACAAACACACAGACAGACCAACAGACAGACCAACAGACAGAGGCUGUGAUGACGAAUGGGAACACAAUACCUCCUUCGCACAGUGUGUGUGUGUGUGUGUGUGUGUGUGUGAGUGUGAGUGUGUGAAUACAAACCGAACAUGCUGGAUGGAGGCUGAUCAAAGAGUCACUGCAGUUUCUUUUAUUCAUGUUGUUUUCCUCACCGAGCUCUGCUGGAGCCAACAGGCUGUACGGAGGAUCGUUAGUGACCGAGAAUUACUGACUGAGCACAAAACAAAACUAAUGGAAUUGAAUCUAAAAGCCGAGUAGAGGGUUGGAUAUCUUCCAGCUGUUACUGGUGCCGGUUCUUACUGCCUAAAGAGAGCUGAAGUGAAACCAGAACUUUAUUCAAACUCCCACUGACAUUUUUAACAAUAACUCAAAACAGUGACUGUUUAAUGUUGUUGUUUAUUAACAAUCUGUUGCUUUUAACAAACACCAUUUCCCAUCAGCCCACAGACCUUUGGAAGGUUAAUAUCACGACUCUACAAAUGAGCAAGUGUCUGUGGUUAUUUCACUGUCUGUAAUUACAGUGGGACAGUGGAGCGUCGGAGUGACAGCUGAAAAAUAUACAAAUAAGAAACAUUUAUGAUGUUGAAUUAUUAUUAUUAUUAUAUGAAUUAUUGUGCAGAGAAAAAAAGAGCAGCACCUCAGGUGGAAACUGGCCUCAAAGUCCACAAGAAUCUAAUUUAUUUUAAGAUAUCAAUAAAUAAAAUCAACAAAAAAAGACUAAUUAUGUGAUAAUAAUAAAUAAUUAAAUCGGUAAAACGGCAGAUUUCCACAAUUUAUCGGGUUAUACACCAAAAUAAACGAGUGACUUGAAAAUAAUUAUCCUUGUGUUUGAAAAGUGAAACAAAAGUGAGUUUUGUGCUCGGUCAGUAGUUUUGUCGUUAAUGAACUUCCAUAGAUUUUCUCUGUUGAUGCUGGAAACUGAAUCAUGUUUGAAUCCGUCCACUUUAUGUUGAUCAGUGUGAGUUUCUACUUCCUCUCUAGUUUCUGUAUCUUCUGUUUGUUGGUUUAUUCGUGCGGUGAAACAAACUGAUGAAUCUCCUGAUCACUUUCACUGUCAGUCACCACAAGGGGUUUCUGGGUAAUGAAGUCCACAUGCAGUAACUUCCUGCUGCCACCGGGGGUCACCAGAGUGUGAAGUAGAGUAGAAAUACUGUUGUUUGUUACAAAUAAAGUGCAAAGUACAAAAGUGCAUUCAAGGGAAGUAAAAGUACAAAAGUAUCAGCAUUAAAAUGUAUUAAAGUGCCAAAAGUGUUCAGUAUGCAGAAUUAUAUUAUAAUAUUGGAUUAUAAUUAUUGAUGCAUUAAUUAGUUUAAAGUUACAGCUAUGUAAUUAAUUACUUUACAUACUGCUGGAUAUAUUAAUCUAUAAUAAAACAUAAUUUAUCAGUUGAUAUGUUGUAUUAAGAAUCUGACAAUGGAAAGUUAAUAAUUAAUUAAUGUUGUCAGAUAAAUCUAGUUGAGUAUAAAUUAAACAUUUGAAAUACUAGUGGUACCUCAAAACAUGAGUAAAUGUAUUUAGUUACAUUCAAAAUAAUUAGAAGAUUUAUAUAAUUAAACCUGUAAAAUUAAGAAAAAGACAACUGAACCAACCUUUGAAUAGGUCUCUUCCUCUCAAGAACAUAUAAAACAGAUUCCUGAACCGAUGUAGUGACAGGAAACGGUCACCAGGUGGCAGCAGAGAGAAGCUGUUUGUUGCCUCUUCAGGACUCUGAGGAGGUUUGAUUGUUUCCAGAAGUGACUCCAACAACAACCACUGUUCUGUGAUCAGUUCCUCUUCCGAUUUCUGUUUGAUUGACAGGCUUGUGAUCAGGAACACUAAAAGCUGGAACAUUUUUAAACAAUAAUCAGUGUUUCCAGAUUCCCCCAAAACACUGACGGAAAACUUGAAGAUUUGGGAGGAAAGAAGGACGUUUUUCAGAUUUGAUGUUUGAUUUUUGAUGAGAACAACCGUGAGAAGUUGUUCAGCUGGGAGCUUCCACACAGAGAUCAGGGGUGUGAUUUGUGAAGGAUUACAAACAGUGAAGCUGCUGUUAAAAACACAGAUUGUCCUCCAGGAAUUAGUCCUGUACAGCUCUCACAGGAAUAAACAGAAGAUUUUCUCUUUGGACCGUUUGUGGACCACUGUGACUGUAAAGACACUUAAAACAUCACCACAGAGGACUUCAGAAACCACAGAUUUCAAAGGUACUUACAGUUUUAACUUCGUGGUCAGAAGACAUCGUUUUCCUGAGAUUAAAUUCAGAAAUUCGUUUCUCGACACGCCGCGUGAUAACCGCAAUCCUCCAUUGUAUGUUCCACCGUUCGAUCUGGAUCCCAGUCCUCAAACCUGGUUUUGAGUGAGUUUCUGGCACCGUUGUCGUCUACUCCCGCAGACGUAGGACAGUCUGGAGGUUGAAGUCGGGCGCCUUGAACCGCUGUUCCUUUGUCCUGAGGGAAGUCUUCUCCUGUCCCGCAGGUGCAAAGACAUUAUUUGUCUAGAAAGACGCUUUAAUCUUCUUCUCAACCUAAUUAAUGACUCCGUCUCCUUCUGGUGGGUCGGCCUGUGGAUCUGCAAUAAUCUGGUGAUACGAUAAGUAUCAGGAUACUGAGGUUAAUAUACAGCGAUCAUCGACAUAUAGAAAGACUGAUGAUAUGAGAGCUCCGCAACACUAAAGCCAAACGCUCUCUAUGUCCCCCUGGUGGCUGACUGCAGUAUAACUCAUAAACCCGCCAUAUUAGCAGAUGGAAGAUGGAAGCUGUUUGAGUCAGCAGGGCAUGUAGGUGAGACCUUGAAUGACGGAGAUGUCCAUCUUUUAUAUGUCUACGAUUGAUACCGAUAAUGCGAUACCAUAAGCAAGGCGAUGCCCAGCGUAGGGUUGAUACAGAUGUGGUUGGCUUCGGCCUUAAGAGGGAAAACACAAAUUGAUUAAAUGUCACCAAAAAAAGUUUUGCAAUAUGAUAUUUUUUUUAUAUUUUCUUACUGUAGGCGGAUAUGAGUUAAGUCCCAGAACCUGCAGUGUAUUUUUUUGACCGUCCGCUCCCAGAUUUGCUUUGAGUCUUUGAUCCCGAACCCAAUUCAGUCCCCUACUUCAGACUAGAGUUGAUAAGAUACCAGUAUCGGAAAUUCCUCCAAUACGGUCUUAAUACAGUAUCUGUAAGUCUGAGUCAUUUUUUAGUCCCCAAUCGGGACCUGGUUACUUCCCAACAGCGUCCUGUUCACCAGUUUUUCCCUCUGAAUCCACUCCGACAGGGUUUUACUCAACCCAAGCCAUAUAACAACAAUAUAAUCAUACAGGCUCAGUCAUGUAUGCUAGUUAAUAAUUCUAUAUUUGUAUUUAACAGACUUAUAUCAGAUCGGUACUCUGUAUCGUCGGUACGUAAAGUUCACGUAUCAUAAUCGUAAUUAGAAAGGAAAAAAUGAUAUUGGAACAUUUGCGUUGGAUCCCAAUGAAGUCCUCUGGUUCAGACCCAGAACACACUGUACAGACUGCAUAUCCCAUCAGGCCUUGCACUGCUUCAAGAUCCCUCAGAAAGACGUCUCUGAGGAGCAUGAAGCUUUCUGUUCUCAGCUGUGUUGGACAGUUGCAUGAAGUCGCUCAACAACGUGUUCACAUUCAUCGUUUUUCUCCCUUGCGUCCUGUUAGCUCGUAAAGAAAAGUCGCACCACCGACAGCGACGAUCAGCUCGUCCUCCAUUUUGUUCUGGAAGGUAGUUGAGAUGACUCGAUCAAAACCAGCUGACUAGUUGCAUCACGAAUCUGAACCUCUUUCACUUCCCUGACGUCGGGCUGUGGAGGAAUUUCCAGUGUUUGCGUCUCUGGCGAGUAAGAGUCUGUGGUUCCACAAGUACCUUUGAAAUCAGGACCGGACUUUGUUGCAUCAAGAGCUCUGUGGUUUAUUUAACAGCAGUGAAGAUCUGACAACAUCCGUCCUUCAGCCUCUUUUCUUCGUCUGCUGGUUGACGCUAUCGGGUCAGCUGCUGCUGAGACGCUAACAGACGACAGGGUUCAGAUCCUCCCGCUGUGCUGUUCGACCCCCGCAGGGUCCUAUUUACUCCCUCAAAUAUCCAGUAACACUUGUGUAUUUCGGGUGUAUUUGUCGCACUGUGCAAUGUAAAGCAGCAUAGGAUGAAUUUAUCUAAAAGUCAUGGCCGCUUUCAGCUCUUCGUCUGUGUCCGAAACUUGUAAAUAAACAUUGAGAAGCCAUAUUGUAGUUGGGCUAAACGCCUAGCUAGCGCUCGCUGCGGUUUUUAGGGCACUUUGAUUUAGAUAUUUUAGAGUGAAAGCUGUUAAACCUCCUCUGAGGAGUUUGAAUCCACCAGUUUAUUUAUUCUGUUCAUCAAAGGCUGGAUUUAGUUUCUGUGAAAGUUUUUUGUUUUGUUUCUUUCGGCUUCGCUGCGGCCUGAAUGUCGGCCGCUGGCCCGCCGAUCGAUAGCUGUACAUACUGUCCACUUCCUGUGAGGUCGUAGUGAAACAUGUUUUGAAGGCUUAGAGGCAAAAAUAAAAACAUUUUGAAA